AUGAACGACAGUGGUAUUAAUAGAAACGAGAUUGGUGUUACCGCUUCACACAUAUGUCAACAUCAACCAUGUAUCUGUGAAAGAUCUACUCGGACUAAUCAAUUCCUACAGUUGUUGAAUCGCUUGACAGUAGCAUCAACAGCAACAGAUUAUGAGGAACAAGUUUCUGCUACUGUAGCAACAAUUUGUGCAGAUGAGAUAUUGGUAUCACCGCUACGACUAUUAUGGCCAAACGAAUUCAACGAACCCAAACACACUAUAGAUACAAUAGCUCAACAAUACCUGAAACAAGCUAGCAAAAGUGUUCAACAUUUAAUUCCUCUCAGUAGUCUCGCCGACGGCAGCUGUUUGUUCAAUUCGGUUGUCUCGCUUGUACCUGACUCUGGAGUAUCUGCUGUUGAAUUGAGAGUACGAACAAUAAUUGAGUUGGUCAAAAAUAGAACUUACUAUGAUAAUCAAUUUAGCAACGUAGUUGGUCCUUUUAAUGAAGCCAUUCGAAGAACAUGCAAUAAUUAUAGUUUUUCCGAACUCUAUGAAGUUGUGGCACUCGGCAAUGCGUUACGGUGCGAGGUACAAAGCGUAUAUCCAUAUAUCGAUUAUCGUGUUGAAAUGAAUAUAAUGAAUGCAGUGUACAAGCCUUUGGAUAUAUCUGCUCUGAAUAAUGGAAGAUUAAUUAUCUUUUGGACUAACAGUGAAGAUGAAGUUACAACAAAACGUCGUUCUGGUAGUGGUGGUGUCUGGAGUCCGAAUCACUUCGUGCCGCUCAUACGACCUUGUGAGACACCAGAGAGCCCACGAAGGACAACAAUUAAGAACAACAAAGUGGCAUCUAUCAGAAGUCCCGAAUUUUCACCACCACCUAAUACAAGAAAGCAUAAAACUUCAUUUUCAUUAAUUGAGGAGUCAUUAUCAAAUCUGGAGACUAACGAUACUCGACGAAAGCGUCAAGAGAGAAGUAUCGAAAAUGAACAGCAGCGAGAAGAGCGUCUUGCUGCUGAUAGACUGCGCAAACGUAGUGCUAAAAAAAAUGAAAGUGAAGAUCAACGACAAAUACGUCUUGCUGCCAAUCGGCUAUCGCAACGUAAUGCUCGAGAAAAUGAAAGUGAAGGUCAACGACAAAUACGCCUUGCCGCCAAUCGGCUAUCGCAACGUAAUGCUACAGAAAACGAAAGCGAAGAUCAACAACAGGUACGUCUUGCCGCCAAUCGACUAUCGCAACGUAAUGCUCGAGAGAAUGAAAGUGAAAAUCAGCGAAGGCUACGUCUCUCUGACCAACAGAAACGAUCUGCUAGAAAAAAAUUAUGA